AAUCACCCAACCGGUUCUUUGUCGAGACCCUCGUCCUACGGAAGGACAUUUCGCCGACUGAGAAGAGAGCAGGAGGAGAGCGGAAUACCGAAAAGUGGAUGAGGAGCAUCGCCUGGGCAGGGAGGGGUCCUGUGGUGCAGGAUUCAUAACAGUGAGCUGAGCGGUGCCGCCAUCUCCGUAUGGAGCCGAGUUGUGUGCAGGCAACUAUGGCUAUGCUUGAUGUCUCAAAAAAAACAUCCUCUAUUUCUCGGAGUGUUGCGGUGGAGCGCAAGAACCUCAUCACGGUUUGCAGGUUUUCAGUGAAGACUCUGUUGGAGAAGUACACCGCCGAGCCCAUCGAUGACUCAUCAGAGGAGUUCAUCAACUUCGCAGCUGUCCUCGAGCACAUCCUCAGCCACGGCUUCACAGGGUCGGGCAGCUGGUUUGAUGGACAGCGCAGCUACUGGGACUUCAUCAGGCUGGCCUGCGGAAAGGUCCAGAACAGCUGCAUCAGCAGCAUUGAGAACAUGGAGAACAUCAACACCUCGCGGGCCAAGGGUCGAGCCUGGAUUCGAGUAGCCCUGAUGGAGAAGAGACUCUCUGAAUACAUAUCCACUGCCCUGAGGGACAGUCGGACAACCAGGAGGUUCUAUGGUGAUGGGGCCAUCAUGCUAAGGGAAGAAGCCACGGUCCUAACAGGGAUGCUUAUUGGACUCGGAGCCAUAGACUUCAGUUUCUGUCUAAAGGGGGAGGCCCUGGAUGGAAAAUCCUCUGCUGUCAUCGACUACACGCCAUACCUAAAGUUCACACAGAGCUAUGACUACCUGAGUGAUGACGACGACGACCGUCGGAGUAUCGACAGCAGCACGAGCGACGACAGUGUCCCUGAGCACCCCUACGUCCCGCUGGUCACCGACGAGGAGAGCUGGGCCAACAAGUGCCGCAAGAUGGAGCAGAGGUUCAAGAUUGUCUACGCUCAGAAGGGCUAUUUGGAGGAGCUGGUGCGUCUGCGGGAAUCCCAGUUGACAAACGUGGAGACGGAGAACAAGGAGCUGAACGCGAGGCUGGUGGAGCUGGAGGAGCAGAGCCAGCAGGAGAAGAGGGAGCUGGAGGCCAUUGUGCUGGAGCUGCAGGAGCAACUGACGAGCCUGAUUCCGUGUGACUCCAACAUUUUGGCCAAAAACCUGUCAAUCCCUCUCGUCAACCAAUGGCAACAGCCCUACAACAAUCAUGACGAUGGCAAGCUCUUUCGCAGGAGGAGCUUCCCCAGCACAGAGCUGCUGUCAGUGGUCAGCCUGGACUCCGACUCCCAGAAUACAGCAGGGCAGCAGAAUGGAGAGGCGUGGUGCACAGCAGAUAAAGACUACACCCCUUCCAUGAUGGUCCUGUGUGGUUCUCUAAACUCCCUGCCCAGCUGCAAGUCCCUGGCAAGCCUUAAGUCCAGCGAGUGCCUGGUCCACAUCAGCACAGACAACAGCCCUGCCCUCUCUCCCAGCUAGAGGGCACCAAAGAACGACUGCCAUUCACAAACACUGGGAGACACAGCUCAACCCAACAUGAGAAACCUGGGUCGUGUUCAUUAAGCACCAAAUGGGUGAAGAUAAACUGAAACAGGGAGGGACUCCCUGGACUUGUCAAAAAAAUAAACACAAAUUUUCCUUUUUUUCUUCUGCUGUCAAAAGGAGGACGAUGUUCCCCCUCAAUAAACCUUUAAAUUCCCUUUAUUCCACCCUCAUUCCUCAAAUCCAACGCUCUCUCAUUUCAAAACACUGUCAUUCUAUAUGACCGUCUCAUCUCUGACUGAAAAGCCUGUCUUAUCACAUGCAUCUCCAAUCGUGUCAAAAAA